CCUUUAAACACACUAAGACAUUCAAUUAGUUUAUUUAGGGAUGUUUGAAGUCUUUAUAAGGAGAGUAAAACACAGCCUGCUCAGUUUAGACUUUUUUUUUACAUUUAAUCCGGGUGCAGCUUGUUUUAUGCAUGUCACUAAACGUCCUCUUAAUGUGCUCCAUGUUUAAAUCCAGGCUUUGUGUGUUAUCAACCUGCGCGUCACAAAAAUCAGGCAACAACCGUCUUUUAUCAAAGUCACUGACACUGAAGCGCGUUUGAACACGUUUAAGGAUCCCAUUGUUUCAGGUGUUUUUUAUGUCCACAGAGUGUCACUGUUUAUUAUUGUUGAUUUGGGACGUGCCAGUCACGUGUCUAAGGCGCCUUAUAAAAGCGCGUAACUCCACUCAGCUCAUCGCAGACGCCGCACGCGCCAUGGCCUCCGCUUCGCUCCUCGUCCUCGCAGCGUUUCUCCUCGUGUGCGUUCAUUUAUUUCGUCCCACUCGUGGGCAGCCUGUGGCGCUGGGAGAUUCUUUCAACUUCUCUCUGACUCAGUGUCCGUCUGGAUCCGAGUUGGAGCUUCAGCACAUCCUCCUGAAUACCCCCGCUGUCCUCGUAUCCAGCCGUGACGGUACCGGGUCCUGGAACACAUCAGCUUCUUACGCGGAGCGUCUGGAACCGUCACACUCGGCUCUCGUCUUAACGAACAUAAACUACAACGACGGCGGAUUGUAUGAGUUCACCUGCGGCGACGAGGAUGUUAGGAUCCAGCUGGACGUGGUGGUUCCGAUAAAGUUUAGCGUGUUUGAGAACGAGACGGUUCUCCUGCCGUGUCACGCCGUUACCGCGGAAGGAGACGUCAAAUCAGUGAGAUGGGAGACAGGAGGGCAGCGCGUGGCCGCAGUGAACGUAACCUCCAAGAACAUCACUUACAAAGCUGGAUUCGACCUGCGUGCGUCAGUACCAUCUGACUGGUUCUCUACGGGAGACUUCACACUGACUCUGGGUCCGGUUCGGCUCCAAGACCGAGGAGACUGGACCUGCUACGUCCAGGAUAAAGCCGAGGUUGUUGCGAGGCUGACGGUCCAGAAGACCCGGAAUGAGACCAGCACCGAGCAAUCUGGACCCCUCCAGGUAAAUGAAGGAAUGAGCCAAGAGAACGGAGGCCAAACAGCGUGCGUUGCCAUCGCCGUCGUUGUGGCACUCGUGCUUUGUGCAGUGGCCUUUGGGAUCGGAUGGUGGAUGAGGCCCCGCGUAUGUCCUCCUCCUCCUCCUCCUCGAGCCCAGCGUGAAGGAGCUCAGGAGGAUGUGCCUCUUUCCAGCCUGAACGAUGGUGUGCAACCUAAUGGUCUGGCUUAAAAUUGACAUAGAUGAUGUAUUCUAACAGAAAGUGUACUUAAUUUAUACUUCACUGACUUUUUACCUAGACACUUUUCCAGUGACAGACGACAUUACCUGUUUUUCCUAAACUGGAAGGACUGAAUAUGUAGCCAACGAUUUUCUAGAUUGCUUUAGUUUAACCUUCAGUCAAAUAAAUCAAUUGCUCCACAGGUUUGUCCUCAACCCGCUACACACAGCGUUUACAGCAGUCAGUUUACAGGGGCUCAUACUGGGUUUCCCACCAUAACCAGUGAGGAAGCAGUUUUAUUUAAAUUUAUUAUGUAAAUGGAGUAUUUAUUAUAUAUUUAAGUGUACUGUAUGCACGCACUUCAGAAGAUUGACUAAGAUUACAAAAAAUUAUGUGGAUAAUUGUUCACUUUAUGUUUGAAACAAUCGCUGGAUAAGUUUUAUUUUAGAUUUGUUUACAUAAACCUGCAAACUAGAUUUUUUAUUGUUAAUAAUAUAUUCAUGCUACAUUAACAACAUUCCAAUCAAACCAUUCUACUUUAACAUUUUCAAUAAAUGAUUCUUUAAAAAAAUU